AUGAGUGGAUUCGAAAAAACUGGCAUAUUUCCCUUCAACCAACAUAAAUUUAAUGACGCUGAUUUUGCAUCUAGUUACGUAACGGACCGUCCUAUGGAAACUGUUAGUAAUGAGCCACAGCCUUCGACAUCGUCCACUCCUCCGCCAACAAUAUUGUCUAAUCCACAACCUUCAACACCGUUAGAUCCGCAGCCAUCAACAUCAUAUGAUGCACAGAUAUCAACAUCAGUUGAUCCACACGAAUGUUUUUCCCCCGAAAUCGUGCGACCACUACCUAAAGCCGGACCACGAAAGUCAACUAUUAAUAGGAAGCGCCGAAAAACUGCUAUUUUGACGGACACACCAGAAAAAAGAAAAUCUACGUAA